AUGACUCGGCUAAAUUCUUCUCCAAUACUGCUCGUUGUUGACAUGCAAAAUGGGUUUUGUCACCCAUCUGGAAGUUUCAGCAAGGUUGGGAUCCCAAUCCUUCGACAAGCCGCCAUUUUCCCCGUCAUCAAACGACUCAUAGAUCUCUGUCGCAGAACUGGCAUCCCAGUCUUUUACACACGUAUGGAAUUUAGCGAAGAUUUUUCCGAUGCUGGUAUAAUGAUUGAUGGCAAGCCAGGGCUUAAGCAAGCAAAAGCUCUUAUUCGGGGGACUUGGGAUGCGCAGAUUCUUGAUGAACUUCGGCCGGAACCGUACGAUUUUGUGGUGUCGAAACAGCGACAUUCUGCGUUUUUUGGCACGGACCUUCAUCGAGUUCUGUCGGAGCGGGGGAUUGAUCAAAUUAUUGUGACGGGGGUAGCGACAAAUAUCUGUGUUGAGUCUACAGUACGUGAUGCGUGGAUGUAUGGUUUCCAGUCUUUGACAGUGCAGGAUGCUACGGAUACGUUAAGUGAGAAAGAACAUUUGGCGCACUAUUUCUUCACGGGAGCUAGAGGAGGAAUUACAGAAGUGGAGUUUGCUCAAUGGGUCUAA